AUCUAGUCCAAUACGCAUGGGGUUCCCCUCGUUUCAUUGAUUGAAGUUUUGAACCCAGAGUUUGAUUCAUGUGAGAGGUGUCGUGAAGGAGUCGUUUUCCUUUUCCCGGUGCUUCAUUAGCCUGUCUGCUACGGCCACUUCUUUGUUUAAACCAUAAGGGCAACCAGGGACUCCCAGAAUUUGUGAGCCAAUUUCAGUUUUACGAUGUAAUAUCAUCGUUAACAGAAGAAAGAAUGUACUCGGCGUAUACGGGAUUUGGCAAGGAUUCUGGUCCAAAUCGACCACCGGAAUCUCACGUACCCAACUUUGGAUCUUUCUCUCGCCCCCCUUCUGACUCUCCUUCUACUCCACUCUUUCCCCUUCCUGCCCCUCUGCGAUCUCCCAGUCCCAGGGCACCUGGAACUCUACAGAGAGUGCCAUCGCCUCCUUUGGCUUUAGAGAGCAGCGGCCCUGCAGUCAGUUCUGCUUACCAAAGAUCUCUUGGAGUUCGUAGGGGACCUGAAGCUGCAUUGCCACGCCCACUAACUCUUGAGAGCUACCAUUCUGCUGCGAGUCCUCCUUAUUCAUCCGCAGGAGUCCAUAGGGGACCUGAAGCUGGGUUUUCACGUCCAUUAGCUCUUGAAAGCACCUGUUCUACUGCAAGUCCUCCUAAUUCAUCCACAGGAGUCCAUGGGCAACAAUUCUUGCACACUGAUAGGCCUGCUUCAUUUUUGACUUCAUUGGGUAAUAGGCCCAUAUUGCCUGGCAGUUAUGCCAACUCUAUGGCUUAUCAAAACCAAUCCUCGGUCUCACCUUAUUUAGGUUCGUAUGCCUCUGGAAGAGGCUUUUUAACUAAUAAUGAGGGUGUUCAAGUCUUGAAAAGAAACAGAUCCCCACCUUUACCAUCUGGGAGUGAAGUGCCACGGGAAGAUUCACAUUUUUCUGGAAAUGGCUCUAGAAGGUCAAAAUUUGUUUCUGCCACUGAUUCUCAAAUUCAUCUAAGGUUUCCAACUCCUGCAAUCAAUCCUGAUUCUGAAGUUGUGGCAACCAAGCGCACCAGCUCCCCUGCUCUCAAAAGAACAAGGUCACCUUCUUCACUUCCUAGCGGUCAACUCUUUCCAGAAAACUCCUUUUCCACCCAAGACAAUACUGAACGAGAGAUGGAAGCCAAGGCAAAGCGAUUGGCCCGUUUCAAGGUUGAAUUAAGUCAAAAUGUGCAAGGCAGUCCUGAUUUUGCAGACCAACUAGAUUCUGCAAAUAGAAAUGAAGAGUCUAUAGCAGAGAGGAAAAAAUAUGCUGGAAACCAGUCUGCAGAACUGACAGGGGAUUUCUCCCAUGCCCAUGUUUUAUCUGAUUUUGAUGGCCAUGAACCAUCUACUAUUAUUAUUGGAAUGUGUCCAGACAUGUGUCCAGAGUCAGAAAGGGCAGAACGUGAAAGAAAGGGAGAUCUAGACCAGUAUGAACGAGUGGGUGGCGAUAGAAACCAAACCAGCAAAUCCCUUGCUGUAAAGAAGUAUACUAGGACAGCUGAGAGGGAGGCGAGUUUGAUACGGCCCAUGCCAAUCCUGCAGGAGACAAUUGAUUAUCUGCUUAAUUUGCUAGAUCAGCCAUAUGAUGACAGGUUUCUUGGCAUAUAUAACUUCUUGUGGGAUAGGAUGAGGGCAAUCCGAAUGGACCUGAGGAUGCAGCACAUUUUCGACCACGGGGCUAUUCUUAUGCUGGAGCAGAUGAUAAGACUUCACAUAAUUGCGAUGCAUGAAUUAUGUGAACACACCAAAGGAGAAGGCUUUUCUGAGGGAUUUGAUGCACACCUCAACAUUGAACAGAUGAAUAAAACAUCAGUUGAGUUGUUCCAAAUCUAUGAUGAUCACAGAAAGAAAGGCAUAAGUGUGCCGACAGAAAAAGAGUUCCGGGGUUAUUAUGCACUUCUCAAACUGGACAAACAUCCUGGAUAUAAAGUUGAAGCUGCAGAGCUCUCACUCGAUCUUGCAAAAAUGACUCCAGAGAUAAGACAGACUCCAGAAGUGCUAUUUGCCCGUGAUGUGGCAAGGUCUUGCAGAACAGGUAAUUUUAUUGCCUUCUUCCGGCUUGCAAGAAGGGCGAGUUACCUUCAAGCAUGCCUUAUGCAUGCUCACUUCGCAAAGCUACGCACCCUGGCACUUGCUUCUCUACACUCGGGACUACAGAAUAACCAAGGUCUUCCUGUUUCCCAUGUUGCUAAGUGGCUUGGGAUGGAGGUAGAGGACAUUGAAAGUCUCCUACAGUAUCAUGGGUUCUCAAUAAAGGUAUUUGAGGAGCCUUAUAUGAUGAAGGAAGGCCCAUUUCUCAAUCGGGAUAAGGACUAUCCUACCAAGUGUUCUGAACUUGUUUAUUUGAAAAGGUCAAGGAGUAUAGUUGAGGAUGUUUUACCUCCAACACAAGCCAUAUCAUUACCUGCUGAAGCCGUAUCUAUCCCUUCUGAUGAAAGGGAAAGUUCUGUCUGUACAAGUAAUGAAGAAAUGGCUGAUCUUGAAACCUUUUCAUCCUCAACUGAUAGCCAACAACGGCAGCCAGUAAUCAUCUCUCCAACAUUUACCAAACAGAGUCAAAAUGACCAUCAGACAGCUGGAGCCUCUAAUCCGCCUUGGGGUUUUUCGUUAUCCCACAGUUCCCCUAAAUCCCAGCUUGCUAAAGUUGGAAUUGUAGCAAAACAAAAUUUUGAUGAUCUUUUCAGAGACUCCCUUAAAAGAAACAUGCAUUUUCACAAGGAAGCAAUGACGCUGCAGGAUGUGUCAAAAACAGCUGUCAAAGAGAGAUACUCGGAUGGCAAAAAGGAUUGUGAGGUGGAAAAAAUUGGCUCCCCAAGGGUGGUUAUUAAUCGUUUGGAAGAUGCAGAACCUUCAGAUAUUCAUAAAGAAAAUACUUAUCAAAAUGACAUUCAUAAAGAAAAUGAUAUUAGCACAGUUCCGGCAAAUGAUCAUGCCGAAGAAGCUGCUGAGGCAAAACUCAAGUUGUUCUUAAGGUUAUGGAAGCGGCGUUGUGCAAAGCGACGGGAGUUCCGCAAACAAAUGCAGGUAGCAGCAAAUGCUGCAUUAGACUCAUUAUCAUUGGGGCCGCCGAUUCAACAGAAAAAGGAGCAACCGAGCAAUUUUGGCGAGUUUGACAUUGAUCAUGUUAUGCGGGAGAGACAUAAAAAGCAUGCAGAAUCAUGGUCAAGACUUAAUGUUUCAGAUGUCAUAGCUGGUACACUGAGCAAAAGAAAUCCAGAUGCUAAAUGCCUAUGCUGGAAAAUUAUUGUAUGUUCUCAGAUGAACAACCUGGAAAAAGUUAAAUUGGAGCAGAGGAGCCAAGUUGCUUUGCCUGCGGCAUGGUUGCUUUCAAAACUCAUGCCUUCCAGCAAAAAUGAAGAUGAUAAUGAUCUGUUGAUGUCAUCUCCUGGGCUGUCAAUAUGGAGCAAAUGGGUUCCUAGCCGAGAUGGUGCAUAUCAGACCUGCUGCUUGUCUGUUGUAAAGGAAACAGAAUUUGAUAUUCUAGAUGAGACAGUAUCUGGUGCAAGUGCGGUAUUGUUCCUUGUAUCUGAAAAGGUCCCAUGGAAGCAUCAAAGAGUCCGGCUUCAGGACCUUCUAAUGUCAAUACCUUCUGGUUCUUGCCUGCCCCUUCUGAUUUUAAGUUGCUCAAACAAGGAAGAGACUUCAGAUUCUUUCUCUAUUGUGGCAAAUGAAUUGGACCUUUAUAAUAUCGACAAGUCAAGGAUAAGUAGCUUUCGGGUUGUUCCCCUCGUUUUGAAUCUCCAGAUGGAACAUGCAGAUGGGUUUUUUAGUGACGAGCAAUUAAGGGAAGGACUAAAAUGGCUGGCAAGUGAAUCACCCCUGCAACCUGCCCUGCAUAAUUUGAGAACACGAGAACUGGUUCUUUCUCACUUGAAUUCUUCAUUGGAGGUGCUUGAGAGAAAGAAUGAUUUUGAAGUGGGUCCUAAUAAUUGUAUCUCUGCCUUCAAUGAAGCCCUGGAUUGUUCCUUGGAAAAAAUCAAUGCUACUGCAAUCGCAGAUCCUAUUGGCUGGCCUUGUCCUGAGAUUGCUUUGCUGGAGGAGUCUAGUGAUGAACGCAGAAGUGUGAAGUGGUACUUACCGAAAAUAGGAUGGAAUUCACUGGGAAAAAUUGAACCACUGCUGUGUGCUCUAAGGGACUCUAAACUUCCAUCUUUUACUGACGAUAUAUCCUGGUUGGCCAGAGGAUCUUAUAUGGGUAAGGAGAUUAAGAACCAGAGAUUAAUGCUUGAAAAUUGCUUGAUCAGAUACCUGACGCAAUCAAGUAAGAUGAUGAGAUAUGAGCAGGCAAUGAAGGAGGCAUCCAUAGUGCUACAAAAAAAUGCUCGCCUUGAGCUUUAUAACUCGAGUUACCGUAUUGUUCCAAACUGGGUUAUGAUUUUCCGCAGAAUUUUCAAUUGGCGGUUAAUGAAUUUAUCCAGUGGAACCUUCUCCGUGGCCUAUGUUUUGGAGUGUCAUAUAGCUCCUCCUGUUGCGGGAGAUGUUGAUAUGUUGAGGCUUGAAGGGAGUUUAACUUCACCUUAUUAUACGAGUCAUCCAUCGCUGGAUGAAAUAAUUGAAGUUGGCUGCAGCCCCUUGUCACUGGGUGGGGGUCAGCCACCGCCAGAGCAGUUACAACCUCUUGCAUGGAUGCCCUUGCAUGGUGAGGCUUGCGAGGCUGCUGAGGAUGAAAGGGGUCUUAAACAGGAUGGCAAUUUGGCGAUCCCCACUUACAUGUCUUACAGAUUAGACAAUACUAGUACUGAAAUAAUGGUAGGUGGCGAAGCUUCCAAGGAAACCGAAAAUUUAAGCAAGUUACUGGAGCAGUGUGAUAUAAUGCAGAACAUGCUACACAAGAAGUUGUCUAUUUAUUUUUGAGAGGACAUAAUUGCAAAUUACUUGUGUUCAAACGGAAUGACGAGAUGCACACGAUGAGAGAGGGCGAUGGACGACCUGUAAGAAAAUAGGCAAGAAAAUUUUGUAGGCUAUCGUUAUUUCCA